ACAGACAAAAUAGAUAAAGAAAAGAAGAUAUCUAAUUCUAGCUUAAGUAAAGUAGCAAUGGUGGAAGUACAAAGAGAAGAAAAAGAAGAAGAAGACAAAAGAAGCAUGAAGAGACUCCUUCUGGUAAUAAACUCCAUCCUUUUAGCCAUAGGCACUUCUGGUGGUCCACUCGUAAUGCGUCUCUACUUCAUCCACGGUGGCAAACGUGUUUGGCUCUCAAGCUUCCUCGAAACUGGUGGUUUUCCCAUCAUUCUCAUUCCACUAGCAAUCUCUUACAUCCACCACCGCCACCGUCACCGCCACACCACCGCCGCGAAACCAAAGCUUGUCUCAAUGAAACCACCUUUGUUUGUUGCCUCCGCCAUCAUCGGCAUCCUCACCGGCCUCGACGAUUACCUCUAUGCCUGCGGCGUAGCUCGUCUUCCGGUGUCCACUUUUUCUCUUAUUCAAGCCUCGCACCUCGCUUUCACCGCCAUCUUCGCGUUCCUUCUCGUGAAGCAAAACUUCACGGCGUAUUCAGUGAACUCCAUCGUGUUGCUCACCGUUGGAGCAGUGGUUUUGGCCCUGCGUUCGAGUGGGGAUCGUCCACAUGGUGAGUCUACUAAACAGUACGUUAUAGGUUUUGUUAUGAUAGUGGCGGCGGCGGCGUUGUAUGGGUUUGUUUUGCCGUUGGUUGAGUUGGUUUACAGCAAGACCAAGCAAACUAUAACUUACUCUCUUGUCAUGGAGAUUCAGUUCGUUAUGUGUUUCUUUGCUACUCUUUUCUGCACUAUUGGGAUGAUAAUAGACAAUGACUUUAAGGUGAUUCCACGAGAAGCGAGAGAUUAUAAGCUUGGGGAAACUAAGUACUAUGUUGUGUUGGUGUGGAGUGCUAUAAUGUGGCAGUUUUUCUUCUUGGGAGCAAUAGGGGUUAUCUUUUGUGCAUCGUCUUUGUUGUCUGGUAUUAUAAUUGCUGCGUUUCUUCCUGUGACGGAAGUGUUGGCUGUUAUUGUCUACAGAGAGAAUUUUCAAGCAGAGAAAGGGGUUGCUUUGGUGCUCUCUCUUUGGGGCUUUGUGUCCUAUUUUUAUGGUGAGAUUAAACAAGCCAAGAAAAAGAAGAACAAGAAACGUUGCCCGGAAACAGAGCUGCCAUUAUAACCAUGUAGAGUAGUCAUAAUACUGAAGUUUUUUUUUUUUUUUCUAUUCUCAAAAACUUUCAGCCUAAUGUUCCUAUUCUUAUUGGUCCGUCGUAGCCGUAGGUACUACCGUAAUAUUGUAGAUUUUUUUCCAUGAUUGCAAGUAAAGUCAUGGUUAAGUGAUUUCAUCA